CGAUAACUAACGAUAACAAGCGAAUAUAUUUUUUAGUUUGAAAUACCUUGUACUUGUAAAUACAUCAUUUGGUAAACAGUUUAUUUGAUUUUUGUAUGUUUUAAAUUCUUUGAGAGAUAUAUUUAAACUUCAAAAAUGUUUAAUCAAGGCGGGUUAGGUACAUUUGGUGCAGCUUCCACUCCAAGUGCAGCAAACCCCAUGAAAGAUUUUGAAGUAGUUCAGCCACCAGAAGAUUCCAUUAGUUCCAUGGCAUUUUCUCCAGCAACGUUACCCCAAAAUUUUUUGAUAGCCGGUAGUUGGGACAAUAACGUUAGAUGUUGGGAGAUUGAACACAAUGGCACAAGUGUUCCAAAAUCUAUGCAAACUUGUGGAGCACCUGUUUUAGAUGUUUGUUGGAGUGAUGAUGGAUCGAAGGUUUUUAUGGCUGGUUGUGACAAACAAGCAAAGAUGUGGGAUUUGGCCAGUAACCAAGUUGUGCAGGUUGCCAUGCAUGAUGCUCCAAUCAAAACAUGUCAUUGGAUCAAAGCUUCCAAUUAUUCUUGUUUGAUGACAGGUUCUUGGGAUAAAACACUAAAAUUUUGGGAUACUCGAAGUCCUAAUCCUAUGAUGAGUAUUAACUUGCCAGAAAGAUGUUACUGUGCUGAUGUGGAUUAUCCUAUGGCUGUAGUGGGAACAGCAGGAAGACAGAUCAUUGUCUAUCAAUUGGAUAGUAAGCCUCAAGAAUAUAGAAAGCUGGACAGUCCUUUGAAAUAUCAGCAUAGAUGUGUUGCUAUUUUUAAAGAUAAAAAGAAGCAACCAACAGGUUAUGCUCUAGGUUCAGUAGAGGGUAGAGUGGCCAUUCAAUAUGUUAAUCCUACUAACCCAAAAGAUAACUUUACUUUCAAAUGCCAUCGCUCAAACGGAACACCAAAUGGCUACCAAGAUAUCUACGCUGUGAAUGAUAUUGCAUUCCAUCCCGUUCAUGGUACUUUAGCAACUGUGGGUGCAGAUGGUUCGUUCAGUUUUUGGGACAAAGAUGCUAGGACUAAAUUAAAACCUUCUGAAUUAAUGGAACAACCCAUAAGUAGAUGCGCUUUUAACCACAAUGGGCAGAUAUUUGCUUAUUCUGUUAGUUAUGACUGGAGCAAAGGGCAUGAGUUUUAUAAUACUCAUAAGAAGAAUUAUAUUUUCCUGAGACCAUGUUAUGAUGAACUAAAACCAAGAACUUCGUCUUAAUAAUUCACUAGUUUUAAUUUUUUAUGUGUAUAUCCCUAUCUCUAUAAAAUAAAUUGCUUGAGUAGUA